CUGACAGGCUCCCCAGAGCUGUCACCCUCCAAAUUUGUCUUCCUCUAAGGCUGCAGUGGAGGGCCCCUGUGCGGCCACCAGCGGCGACAUCCACGUGCCUUCAUGUGGAGUGGUGCUCAGCAUGGCGGGUAUUCCAGGGCUCCUCUUCCUCCUCCUUCUCCUCCUCUUCUGUGUCGUUGGGCAGGCGAGCCCCUUCGGUACCCACUGGAAACCCACUUGGCCUGCUUACCGCCUCCCUGUCAUCUUGCCCCAGUCCACUCUCGACUUACCCAAGCCAGACUUUGGUGCCGAAGCCAAAUUGGAAGUGUCCUCUUCAUGCGGACCCCAGUGUCAUAAGGGAAAUCCACUGCCCACUUAUGAAGAGGUCAAGCAGUACCUGUCUUAUGAAACACUCUAUGCCAAUGGCAGCCGCACAGAGACACAGGUGGGCAUUUAUGUCAUCAGCGGCGGUGGGGCUGGGUCUUCCGGAAAGUCUCGGAGGAAGCGGCAGAUUUACGGCUAUGACAGCAGGUUCAGCAUUUUUGGGAAGGACUUCCUGCUCAACUACCCUUUCUCAACAUCGGUGAAGUUAUCUACAGGCUGCACAGGCACCCUGGUGUCAGAGAAGCAUGUCCUCACGGCUGCCCACUGCAUACAUGACGGGAAAACCUACGUGAAAGGAACCCAGAAACUUCGAGUGGGCUUCCUGAAGCCCAAGUUUAAAGAUGGUGGUCGAGGGGCCAACAACUCCAGCUCAGCAGUGCCCGAGAAGAUGAAAUUUCAAUGGAUCCGAGUGAAACGCACCCAUGUGCCCAAAGGCUGGAUCAAGGGCAAUGCCAACGACAUUGGCAUGGAUUAUGACUACGCCCUCCUGGAACUCAAAAAACUUCACAAGAGAAAGUUCAUGAAGAUUGGGGUGAGCCCUCCUGCCAAGCAGCUGCCAGGGGGCAGAAUCCACUUCUCUGGUUACGACAACGAUCGGCCCGGCAAUUUAGUGUACCGCUUCUGUGACGUCAAAGAUGAGACCUAUGACCUGCUCUACCAGCAGUGUGAUGCCCAGCCCGGGGCCAGUGGGUCAGGGGUCUACGUGAGGAUGUGGAAGAGACAGCAGCAGAAGUGGGAGCGAAAAAUUAUUGGCAUCUUUUCCGGGCACCAGUGGGUAGACAUGAAUGGUUCUCCGCAGGAUUUCAAUGUAGCUGUUAGAAUCACCCCUCUCAAAUAUGCCCAGGUUUGCUAUUGGAUUAAAGGAAACUACAUGGACUGUAGGGAGGGGUGACGGAGUAAUCCUUCCUGCUGCACUUACAGGUCUUCGUGUACUCAUUUUAGGAGAGGCCAGAUUUUGUCAUUGGUGUGUGUAUGUGUGUGUGAUGUGUCAUAUCUUUUACCUAAUUUUUUUUAAAUUGCAAGAAGACUGGUUUUAUUAUUUGAAAAUUGGUUUGUGUAUCAUAUCAUUUAAGCAGUUCGAAGGCGUACUUUUGCAUAGAAAUAAAAGCAUACUGAUGUUUGGGGCAAUAGGGACUCAUUAGCCAUUAAGUUAAUCUUUUACUUUUUGAGAACUUUGAUUUUUAUUUCAUCUGAACUUGUUUCAAAGGUUUAUAUUAAAUAUGCCGCAUACAGGAGAUAUAAA